AUGAAAAAUAAAUGUACAAUAGAUCUUAAACCAUCAGGUAAUACUGUUGAGUGUGGAGAUAAAAGCUUCAGUAAAUGUAAUUCUACAGGAAAAUUGCAAAAGUUAGACUAUAACAUCAGAUGGGCAUGUGAACGUUUAGUCGUACCAAAAAAUGGUGAAAAUCCAUUCUGCAAAAUAUGUAAUCCUGAAAUUAACACAGAAAUUGUGUAUACUACUUGUAAUCAAACUGGAAUGUGGCCAGAACUCCUACACCAAAAUGAAAUUGCCAAGCAAACAAGAACCAUUCUUCUGUAUGUGUUAUACUCUUAUGGAGUGCCCUUCUUGAUUGUUUCUUGCAACGUUGGAUUAACGUCCAUUGUUCAUAGUGACAACGCGAUUGGUUAUGGUGGACACGUGUGUUUUUUAAAUCAACAAAUAUCUAUCAUUAUCACAUUUAUGGCACCUAUUGUUCUUGUAUGUUGUAGUAAUGUAGCCUUGUUCUCACUCACUGCUAGAACUAUUGCUUCUAGUUGCAGGGUAACAGAUGAACAGCUUGGACCAAAUAGAACUCAGUUCACUGUUUACGUCAAACUAUUUACGAUAACCGGAAUAACGUGGAUUUUCCAAAUAGCUGAAUCUUUUUUACCGUCAUCUCUUCAAGAAAAUGCAUUUUCUUUGAUUGUGUGGCUCUUAAAUGCACUUCAAGGAGUGUUUAUAUUCGUCUCAUUUAUAUGUCCCAUCUAA